AUGGCCAUGGGCGUCAACAAGACAUGAAGGUAUAAAUAGCUGUGGAGGAAAGCCUUCAUCCUAUUGACUGCUCUAGCCACAGUGAGCAACCAUGAAGACCUUAAUCUUCCUUGCCUUCAUUGGAGCUGCUGUUGCUCUCCCCGUGGAUGAUGAUGAUGACAAGAUUGUUGGAGGCUACACCUGCCAGAAGAAUUCUCUCCCCUACCAGGUGUCCCUGAAUUCUGGCUACCAUUUUUGUGGAGGCUCACUCAUCAAUUCCCAGUGGGUUGUUUCAGCUGCUCACUGCUACAAAUCCCGAAUUCAGGUGCGCCUGGGAGAACACAACAUUGAUGUCCUUGAGGGUAGUGAACAAUUCAUUGAUGCAGCUAAAAUCAUCCGCCACCCCAACUAUAAUGCAAACACCUUUAACAAUGAUAUCAUGUUGAUUAAGCUGAAGUCAGCUGCCACCCUCAACUCUCGAGUGUCCACUGUCUCUCUGCCAAGAUCUUGCCCAUCAUCUGGUACUAAGUGUCUUGUGUCUGGAUGGGGCAACACCCUGAGCUCUGGCACCAACUACCCUUCACUGCUUCAGUGUCUUGAUGCUCCUAUCCUCUCUGACAGUUCUUGCCAAAGUUCUUACCCAGGCAAGAUCACCAGCAACAUGUUCUGCCUGGGCUUCCUGGAGGGUGGAAAGGACUCCUGCCAGGGUGACUCUGGUGGCCCUGUGGUCUGCAAUGGACAGCUCCAGGGUGUUGUUUCCUGGGGUUAUGGCUGUGCUCAGAGAGGAAAACCUGGUGUGUACACCAAGGUGUGCAACUACGUGAACUGGAUUCAGCAGACCAUCGCUAACAACUAAACAACUUAACUCUUCAUAAGUCCUCUCUUUGUAGUCAAAUCCACCUUCCUUUUAUUCCCCAAACCUCUAUCAGAAGAAAAACAGUUUUUACCA